AUGGGUGUCAAGCAGACACGUCUGGAGGUUAUCUAUGACAAGAGAGCCCUCACUAAGGCCCACAAGGGUGACCAGGGAGACAUUGGGCCCAGGGGCCCUCCUUCCCACAACUCAUACGCAGGCCUGCACAGUAAUCAGAUCCUCACCGUUAAGGGUGACCAAGGGUCCCCGGGCCCCAGAGGCCCUCCUGGGAACACAGGCAAGGACGGGCCCCGCGGCCCCGCUGGAGAACAGGGUUUCCCUGGUCACGAUGGUGUGGAGGGACAAGCAGGUGUACCUGGAAAGGCGGGUGAAGAUGGCGAGCCAGGAUACCCAGGGCCACAGGGACCCCCAGGGUCAAAGGGGGAGGCUGGUUUGCUGGGAGAGAAGGGUGAGAGGGGCAUGGACGGACUCCCAGGGUUUAAGGGAGACAAAGGAGAUAUCGGAGAGCAAGGCACCCAGGGAGACUUGGGUUAUCCUGGUGAAAAGGGGGUUCCUGGCUCCACUGAGGUCAUUGACUUCAAUGGGAAGCUACUAGAAGCCUUCCAGGGCCCACCAGGUUUACCGGGGCCCCCAGGACCCCCAGGGGGAAAGGGAGAGCUAGGCUUGCCUGGGACAUCUGGACUAGAUGGGGAGAAGGGAGAUAUGGGGGAGACGGGGUCGAUCGGAGAGAAAGGAGAGAAAGGAGAGAUGGGUCUCUCUGGGCCAGGGGGGAUGGAUGGACAGAAGGGGGACAAGGGAGACUCCAGGCUGGAAGAUAACCUGGUUCAGAUGAUUUCUCAGCCGGGCCCUCCCGGCCCCCCAGGACCCCCUGGACCUACAGGGUACAUGGGUCAUCAUGGAACGCCUGGCCCUAAGGGAGAGCCUGGAGACAAAGCUAAAGGGGAGAAGGGAGACAUUGGACCUGCUGGACUGAGGGGUAUUGAUGGCCCUCAGGGUCCCCCCGGCUCCACAGGAUUGGUGGGUCUCCCAGGCACCAAAGGAGAGAAGGGCAAGUCUGGGGAGCCUGGAAUGGAUGGUUUCCCAGGCCUGAUUGGAGAGAAGGGAGACCGGGGAGACAGAGGAGACAAGGUGAGAGGAGCAUGUUCUUCCCUUCUCUAG